ACAUGAUUAACUGUGGAUUGUAGCAUUAUGUAGAUACGAUCAUAAGAACAAUUUAAAGCUAAUAACGCUCUUCGUGUUCGUGUGAGGGUAUCACAGAAAAAUGACUCGCAGAGUGUCACCGAAUUUUUAGGAUUUAAUGAAACUGAAAAAGCGGAAGAGUCUGUGCGCGCAGUGCGUGAAUAUGCCCGCCAAGGUCUCAAAGAAGGUCGUGGGCAUGAUCGUACGAAGCCGAAAAUUCAUUAUUAAGGAUGGGGUCAUUACGAGUUCCGGUAUUGGAGAGGCAAGUGUGUACCAUGCUCUGGUUGUAAUAUUUUUGGAAUUUUUUGCAUGGGGUUUAUUAACCAUGCCUGUUAUCUCUGUAUUAAAUAUGACAUUUCCAAAUCAUACGUUCCUGAUGAAUGGUUUGAUAAUGGGCAUUAAAGGAAUCUUGUCAUUUCUUUCUGCACCACUGAUUGGUGCUUUGUCUGAUGUGUGGGGUCGAAAAUUCUUUCUACUCAUCACGGUAGCCUUCACAUGUGCGCCGAUUCCUCUAAUGAGCAUUAACACAUGGUGGUUCUUUGCUAUGAUCUCCAUCAGUGGUGUCUUUGCUUGCACAUUUUCAGUGGUAUUUGCAUAUGUUGCUGAUGUUACUGAAGAACAUCAAAGGUCUCCAGCAUAUGGCAUGGUAUCAGCAACUUUUGCUGCAAGUAUGGUAAUAAGUCCAGCAUUGGGAGAUUAUAUCAUGAAAGAGUUUGGAGAAAAUCUUGUGGUUGCAUUAGCAACUGCUAUUGCAGUGUUGGAUGUGUUUUUUAUAUUAGUGGCUGUACCUGAAAGUUUGCCUGAAAAAGCUCGUCCACCAGCACCUAUAUCUUGGGAGCAGGCAGAUCCCUUUGCUUAUCUUGGAAAGGUUGGCAAAGAUCACACUAUCUUAAUGUUGUGUAUUACUGUGUUCCUGAGCUAUCUUCCUGAAGCAGGACAGUAUAGUUGUAUAUUUGUCUAUUUGACUAAGGUUAUGGGAUUUACUGCUUUGAUGGUAGCGAUUUUUAUUGCUGUAGUAGGAGUUUUAAGUGUUGGAGCUCAGAGUCUCUUGGGUCCUUUGAUAAGAACACUUGGCAGUAAACACACUAUAAUGUUGGGCCUUUUAUUUGAAAUGCUACAACUCAUGUGGUUUGGCUUUGGAUCCCAAACAUGGAUGAUGUGGGCAGCUGGAGUACUUGCUGCUGUGUCAAGUAUUACAUAUCCUGCAAUUUCUGCAUUCAUAUCCAUGCAUUCUGAUGCUGAUAAGCAAGGUUUGGUACAAGGCAUGGUAACCGGAAUGCGUGGAUUAUGUAAUGGUCUUGGGCCUGCAAUGUUUGGAGUAAUCUUUUAUCUGUUUCGCGUUGAUCUCAACGACAAUUCUCCUUCCCUUCCCGCAAAGCCAUCUCCUUUAGAUGAAAAUAAUAAAACAGGAACUGCCACACAACAUCUCGAUAUUAUGCCACAGGUAGUAACCCAGCUUGUACCAGGACCACCAUUUGUGUUUGGUGCAUUACUUGUGAUAUGUGCAUUACUAGUAGCUGCAUUUAUACCCGAUUCAAACACAAUGCCAACAGGUCCAUUGCAUCAUCCAUCCACCUCCCGGAGGCCCUCCGGUAAAUACGCAUAUCAGAAAUGUUUAUCCUUGGAUGUACAUUAUGAGGGAGACAAAUUGGGAAGCGGAAAAGGAAAAAUAGGUCCGCUGUCACCUCUAGUCGACAAUUGCAACUCUGCUGCUCUAUAGCUAUUGUGAAAAUUAAGACAAGCCACAGCAAAGAAGAGGGAUGCAUACCCUUGCCCAGUGACGAAACUCUAUAUUUAGAGAAACAGUUACUAUCAAGUGCACCUACUUCAC